UCGGUAAACACAUCAGAUAAAACAAAAAAAAAGAAAGAAAGAAAGAAAGAAAGGGGGAACAGAGGGAAGGGAGAACAGGAGAAGAAAGAGAGGGAGAGAGGGACGAGUUAGCACCGGUUGGCCUCGCUGUCGCCACCGAGCUGCUCGCCGCCGUCGCACAUCCAAUGGUAGAAACGAGAGUUGGGGAUCGAGCGAGCAAGCUGCGCCGCUGCAAUCAUGGGUUGUCGUCGUUGAUGCCCAGCCGUCGCCGCCAUUAUUGUCGCGAAGGAAGGAGCCCAGAGGAGAGAGAGAUUGUGUCGCCGCCGCUGGAGGAGCUGUCAACAACGCGUCACCGUUGCUGGAGGAGCUUCGUGCAUCGCCGUCGCUUCCUGGCGUCACCGAAGGAAGUCACCGUCGUCGCUUGAGAAGAACCCGAAGAGUGAGAGGGAGUCCGCUGAGAGAAUGCAACAGCCACAGAGACAAAUAGCGAUGCUGCCAUCGCCGCUGUCACCGUGGUGGUCGUCGACGCUAGGGCUCGCCACUGCCACCAUCUGAGCUCGCCGCUGCUGAUGAUGGUAAGCCAAACCGCUGUAAAAAAAAGGGUUCAGGCCGCCGCAGGUGUCGCUGCUGGAGAAGGAAGCCGCGUCUCGGUGUUUCUGACCGCCGGGAGGGGUUUUGUGACUUCCGGGACCACCGCCGAAGCUUCGGGCCGAGCCUCUACUGCUAGGAACGCCUCUGCUGCAACAGAGUUCCACCGCCGUCACCAUCACCGGGGUUUUUGCUCGCGACUGUCACUUAGGGUUAUUGUUGGAGCUAUUGCCGGGUCGAUUCGGAAUCGCAGCUGCUUUAUUUUGUUAUUUCGAGUCGUGUGGUUGCUGAGAAAGUGGUUUGGAGAGGAGGUUGCGGCUGCCGCAGUUGCGGGCCGAGGGAGAAUGUGUUUGUGGCGCGUUUUUGAGUUUUCGAUUUUCAACAAUCGAGGUCUUUUCUUUUUCAGGUUAUGGACGACGAAGUUUGGAAAAGCUUAUUUUUUUUCUGUUAGACGAUAUUUCUGUGUUAUUUUAGUAUUUAUGUUUUCCUUGUCUUUAACUUUGCAAGUUUUGUAAGAGGGAUAGGAUUUUGAUAUGAGAUGCUUGUAA